GCUGGCGGACGGCGUGUUACUGCGUCAUCGCCAGUGGCCGGUUUGAAUGAGGCUCUCGUCGUACCGUGUCUGCCGCCACCACCGCGCCUCCGCAUCGGCCGCCGCCACAGCUUCUUCGCGGCCCUUUCCUUUCGCCGCCCUUGCCAGGCCCAGCCUUCCUGCGCCGCCGCCGCCUCCUAGCGCGCCCCGCCAUGCCGCUCUACUCCGUUACUGUGAAAUGGGGAAAGGAGAAAUUUGAAGGUGUAGAAUUGAAUACUGAUGAACCUCCGAUGGUGUUCAAGGCUCAGCUUUUUGCACUGACUGGAGUCCAGCCGGCCAGACAGAAGGUUAUGGUGAAAGGAGGAACAUUGAAGGAUGAUGAUUGGGGAAACAUCAAAAUAAAAAAUGGAAUGACGUUACUAAUGAUGGGGUCAGCAGAUGCUCUUCCUGAGGAACCCUCAGCUAAAACUGUCUUUGUAGAAGACAUGACAGAAGAACAGUUAGCAUCUGCUAUGGAAUUACCAUGUGGAUUGACAAACCUUGGUAACACUUGUUACAUGAAUGCUACAGUUCAGUGUAUUCGUUCUGUACCUGAACUCAAAGAUGCCCUUAAAAGGUAUGCAGGUGCCUUGAGAGCUUCAGGGGAAAUGGCUUCAGCACAGUAUAUUACUGCAGCCCUUAGAGAUUUGUUUGAUUCCAUGGAUAAAACUUCUUCUAGUAUUCCACCUAUUAUUCUACUGCAGUUUUUGCACAUGGCUUUUCCACAGUUUGCGGAGAAGGGCGAACAAGGACAAUAUCUUCAACAGGAUGCUAAUGAAUGUUGGAUACAAAUGAUGCGAGUAUUGCAACAGAAAUUGGAAGCUGUAGAGGAUGAUACUGUUAAAGAGACAGAUUCUUCAUCUGCACCAGCAGUGACACCUUCUAAAAAGAAAAGUUUAAUUGAUCAGUUCUUCGGAGUUGAAUUUGAAACUACCAUGAAAUGUACAGAAUCUGAAGAAGAAGAAGUCAGUAAAGGAAAGGAAAGUCAGCUUCAGCUUAGCUGUUUUAUCAAUCAAGAAGUCAAGUAUCUUUUUACAGGACUUAAGUUGCGACUUCAGGAAGAAAUCACCAAACAGUCUCCAACAUUGCAAAGAAAUGCUUUGUACAUCAAAUCUUCCAAGAUCAGCCGGUUGCCUGCUUACUUGACUAUUCAGAUGGUUCGAUUUUUUUAUAAAGAGAAGGAAUCUGUGAAUGCCAAAGUUCUUAAGGAUGUUAAAUUUCCUCUUAUGUUGGAUGUGUACGAACUAUGUACACCAGAACUUCAAGAGAAAAUGAUUUCUUUUCGAUCAAAAUUCAAGGAUCUGGAAGAUAAAAAAGUAAAUCAGCAGCCAAAGACAAGUGACAAAAAGAGUAGUCCCCCCAAAGAAGUUAAGUAUGAACCCUUUUCUUUUGCUGAUGACAUUGGCUCCAAUAAUUGUGGAUACUAUGACUUACAAGCAGUGCUAACACAUCAGGGAAGAUCUAGCUCUUCAGGUCAUUAUGUAUCAUGGGUGAAAAGGAAACAAGAUGAAUGGAUUAAGUUUGAUGAUGAUAAGGUCAGCAUCGUGACACCAGAGGAUAUCUUGAGGCUUUCUGGUGGUGGAGACUGGCAUAUAGCUUAUGUUCUACUCUAUGGGCCUCGCAGAAUUGAAAUAAUGGAAGAGGAAAGUGAACAGUAAUCUUCAUUUUAGCUAUUUAUGCUUAGGUGUGAAAUAAAUGUUGUUUGUUGAUCAUUUCUAUAACCCAGAGCUUUAAAGGAAGAUUUUUAGGUGGUUUUACAUGUUUCCCCUCAUGUGGAACAAAAGAGGGCAGAAGCAGACCACUCUGUGUUAUCGACCUAAAAAAUAACAGAAAAGAGAAUAUUGCCUUUGGACUGUGCUGCCCUAUAUAAAGGUGACAGGAAGACAUUUUUAAAAAGCUUAUUUCUUGGAUUAAUUUUUAAAAAUUAUGAGUUGAAAUGCCUUUCAACCAUUACCUUCUGUGAUAAUUUUUCUUCCUGUCUUUUUCAGCCCAAGAUUCAGCAAUCAGAUGUUUAUUGCACACCUAGUACUCUAUUAUUUGUUGUUUUUGCAUGGUUCAAACCACCAGUGAUUCAGUAGCUGCCCAUCCUUUGCAUUAUCUAACAAAAAUUUUGCCAGGACGGUGGAAAGGAAGUUAAGUGUUGAUCUCAUUGUGUAACUCUGCUGCUGUUCCCAUCCCAUGGAAACAUGGGUACAAUCAAGUAUUUGUCCAGCCUGACUGUUGCUGGCUUUUCAUGACUUUAAAAUAAAUUGUGAUCAAUAAUA